GUCUUCUGACUCAGAAAAGCAGUGGAGAAAAAGACUGCUAUACUUUCUCUCGGUGCUUCACCGAGGCACCACCAACGACCACCAUGUAGAACUAAACCCCCAGCUGCACUGCAGUAACAACGCUAGAGUUCCCAGCGUUGCAAAUUCGUUCGAGACACCAGCGCUAUUGUUUGUGUUGAAGUGCCCUCGCGUCCAUGAUGUCAUCUCUCUCGGAUCUGAGCUCGCCAUAUGGUGAGCCUCAAACUUACGUACCCGUUCCUCCAGCGUCAGAAACGGUUCUAGGAAUACUUAAUCCAAGUUUAAAUUGAUGACCCGUCGCUGGAUGCCUCGCGUCGUCGAUCGCGGUAUGUCGCUUGUGUGAGUCCGGGUUGCAGAACUUGCAGUCCAAGAUCGAUCGCCGGUGGUGAGCGCUGGCCGGUGAGCCAUCUCGUAAUUUAGCGGCGGAGACGAAGAACGGCAGCGAGCGGAUCCAUCUCCGCAAGCGAGAGUGAUCGAGAGCGAUUAAGCGUGCGAGAACCCUACGCUCUGUACCGCGGAGAAGAAUAAGGGCCUCGAGUUUCUCACACCUACCGGUAUUAAUACUAGCCUCAGUCGACGAUGAACCGCGUCAACACCUUCUUCUGGUCCCGGUUGAACCCCACGGGCGAGCUCGUGCGCUCUGUGGAUGUGCUACUGCGCGAGCUGGUGCCAGACGACAAGCUAGAUGCGGCGUUUAAAAGCCUCAGCAUCGCCGCGAGCUCCGGCGGGGCACUGGCCGAACGCAAGCCUGAGAGUGACGUGGCCGUCGAGGCGGAGAAUGAGCCUAGCGCGGACGCCUGCGAACCAGACUACGAAGGCACCCCACCGCCCGAUGAAGAGUCGAGUGACGAGGAGUCUUCUAGCGAGAAGACUGUGUCCGGCGAGCUUGAGCGCAAGUGGGCCAAGAUUCGCGCCGUCUUCCACGAUUGGGACGAGGAACAAGGUGACCGUGAGAAGAAGAUGGACGAUAUGGCCGAGCUGCUGAUGCGCUAUCGGGUACUGGAGAAGGUGCUGAUGCCCAAAGUGCUGGGCCAGCUGACGUUCGAAACGCGCAAGUACGUGGGCAACGUGUUCCGGGCGAUGACAGUGCACAAUCUACGCGGCUUCAUUGAGCUCAUCGGCGAGCGACCAGACAUUAUGCGGUGGCUAGUCGAAGGCUAUAGGAACAACGAAACGGCGCUGAUCUGCGGCUCCAUGUUACGAGACUGCUUCGAGUACCAGACGCUUACGAUGAUCUUCCUGAAGGAUCUCACGCCAGAGUUCGAAUUCCUGUUCAAGGUCACGAUGGAGAACAACAACUUCGACAUCUCGGCCGACGCGCUCAUUAACAUCUCGCGGCUAUUGACAGUGCAUAAGAAGGCGACUAUGGAGGUUCUAGAUGAGUCGUUCGACCGCGUCUUCGGACUUCUGAAUAGCCUAUUGACGUCGACGAACUACGCUACUAGGAGGCAAGCACUACAGUUGCUGUCGGAGCUGCUGCUAGACCCUGUAAACUUUACCGUGAUGCAGAGGUACGUCGCCUCGCGCAACAAUUUGAAGCAGAUUAUGCUGCUGCUGCGCGAACCAAGUGAGGCCUUGCGAAUGGAUGCUUUCCACGUAUUCAAGAUCUUUGUGGCCAAUCCGAACAAGUCGCCGGAGGUGGAGCAGCUCCUGGUGCGUAACCGCGAGAAGCUGCUGGCGUUCGUGAGCGAUUUCGGCAAGGCCGAAUCCAGCCGCGACUUCCUUCAAGAGAGGUCGCUGCUGGUGUUCGCGCUGGAGCGGAUGGCUGAGAAAACACAAGAGCUGGCCACGCGGCCAGCGUCCUUGUCGAACGCCGAGCGGGUGCCUGCGUGUGCGGAUCAAAAGUAGACGCAAGUAGCUCGCCGGUAAGGCAGUACAAGAUAGUAUUUAAAAGUAUAGGGAGGUACCAUGUGCGCCAGGUUGAGCGCGACCAAGAUUUAAAUGCUGCAAUGGCAAUAGCAACUAGGAAUUUCGUGCAA